GGGAACACCGGCCAAUGACAGCGAGGCCGGGCGGGGUCCGCCUCCCUCUGGCCCGCGGGCCACGUGACCGAGGGCGCUUCCGGCGUGGGCGCGCUCGGUGGCUCGCGAUGCGUCUCUCGGCGUCGGCGUGGAUCAAGCAUGGGCGCGUCUACCGGCGCCUCGGCCUCGGGCCCCGCUCGCGCCUCGACCUGCUGCGGAACCUCGUCACGGCCCUGGUGCGCCACGAGCGGAUCGAGGCCCCUCGCGGGCGCGCCGACGAGAUGCGCUUCUACGCCGAGCACGUGAGAGGGGGCGGGCGAGAGCGGUGCACGUCGGAACGCGAGAGCCGCGUAGACACGCGUCCGGGCGGGCGCGCAGCAGAGAAAUGCCCGUGAAAUGCCCUCCGCAUGCGCGCGGCCAGGAAAAAGCAAAGCCCUUCCUGGGGACCGUUAGCAAAAUGACACUGCCAUGAGGCAACCCUCUGGCGCGGCCGCAUCCUCAAAAGGGUUAUUGCCGAGUUGGGAAAGGGCUAAAGGAUCAAGGGGGAGGAGGGACUUCCCUCCCUUUCUCAUAACAGUCCAACUUGUGGGCGUCCAGUGUUGGGAGAUUCAGGGCAGGUGUACAUCGUUCAGCCUUGGAACUCCCUGCCACGGGAGGCAGUGAUGGCCUGAAUGGCUUUAAAAGGACUGGACAAAGUCCCCCAUAGCUCCUAGCCGGGAUGGCUCUGCUGUUCCUCCACAGCUGGAGGCAGCAAUGCUUGUGAAUACCGGCUGCUGGAAACCACGUGAGGGGAGCGUUGCUGUUGUGGUCGAAUCCUGCUUGCAGGUUUCCCAUUGGGGGCACCUGGUUUGCCACUGUGAGAACAGGAGGCUGCACUACAUGAACCCCCUUUGGCCGGAUCUAGUAGGCUGUUCUUACCUUGACAUCCUCUCCUCUCUCUCCUCCCUUCAGCUGAUCAACUAUGCCAAGCGUGGGGACACGGACCCCCAAGCAAUGCGCAUGGCCGACUUCUGGUUGACGGUGAGGCUGCAUCCCUUCUGGGGGGGAGGGUCUCCUGCCAACUCUGCCCCCACUGAGCCCCCUCUUUUGCCUCCCCCACCCCAGGAGAAGGAUCUCCUGCACAAGCUCUUCAAGGUGCUGGCUCCUCGCUUCCAGGCACACUCCAGCAACUACACACGCCUGCUGCGGAUCCCCAACCGGGAGAACCUGGACCGUGCUGAGAUGGCCGUCAUUGAGUACAAGGGGAACCCGUUUCCGCCCCUCCUGCGCCCAAAGCGCGACAGUGAGAAGACGCUGGUGAAUCAGCUGCUGAAGGGCUUCCGGGAGGAUGCCCUGAGGGCGCCGGAAGCUCCACUCCAGGGGAGCCCAUCUGAGGGCACGGCAGUGUAGACAGAAGGACAGACACCACUUCCUCCCUCCCCUUCUCCUGUCACUUGGAAGCCUGCCUACGACCUCACCUUGAUGUUGGGGAGAGGAGCUGCAUUUCUUUGGGUUUUUUGAGACCACCUCCCUGCUUUCAUCUACUUUGCUCUGCAGGUUACUAGUUUUCUCUUGGGACUGGAAACUUGAAAAAAGAGAAGCUCUCUUACCUUCAUGCACACCGAAAUAAACGACAGCAGCCGUGGAGCAAAUGCCUUGGUUUCUCUGAAUUCUCUUUGUGCUGCUUGCAGCCGAGUGAUGGUGCUUGGUGACAUAUCUGGCCUGCAAUGGCACCAGCGGAGCCAGGAGCAGGUGACUUACUAGGACUAGGUGGUUAAGUUGGGGAGGGAGAAAACCUUAUGCUGGAGUGCUCUCGCAAUUUAGGACAGCCAUUCUCAAACUUGAGUCCCCAGAUGUUGUUGAACCACAACUGCCAUAAUCACUAUUUAGCAGAACCAGUGGUCAGGGACGAUGGGAGUUAUAGUGCAACAUCUGGGGACACAAGCUUGAGAAAGGCUGCUUUAGGAACACAAAAGCGCCGCCUAGCAACUGGAGCCACUGUUUGAAAACCAACCUUUGCAUUUAACUAGUAACUUCCACUGGAUCAUUUCUGUAAAUCCCAGAUCUCCCCUCUCAUUAAAAGUCUUUUAUUAAAAGAAGUACAUCG